GGCGUGACCUCUGGCCCGGAAGUGCAGGUGGUUUGUGUACACUGGAGGGAAGAUGGCGGAGGGCGCGGAGUCGGUCGCUGGGCCCGAGGCUGAAGCGGGCUCCGGUCCGGCGGAGACCGGCCACGCCGCAGCCAAGGCGGCCAAGAGAGGCCGCGGGCGGCCGAGGCUGAGCGACAGCGACCGCAUGCGGCAGCGGGUCAACAGCCGCAAGAAGUACGACAACCGGCGCAUCUACAUCGGCGAAUCGUUCGCGGUGUGGGCGGCGCUGCGGGAGCGCUACGGCUGGUCCGACAAGCGGCUGGCGGAGCAUCUGGUGCAGUUGGAGCAGCGGCCGAGCAAAUCUGGAGCAGAACACCAGAACUCGAAAAUUAAUUCGUCACAUAAAGUAAGAAAGCAUGCAGUUAGCUCGUUGAAGACUCUGGUGGUGUGGUAUGAGCACCAUAAGCAGACAUGCAAGCAGGAACCAUUGUUGUAUGAACUGCAACAGAUGUGUGACUGCUCGGUGGCUGUGGUGUGGCAGUGUGAGGCAGGCCACCAGUAUCUACACCACAUGGAGCCUGUGCAGAACACCUGCCAUUCCCCUGCUGCUGAACCCAUCGUCAAGAGCAAGCUGACCAUCAGCAACUCGGAGGAAAAUCUGAAUCAGCAACAGUGCGUUGUGGAGAAAAAGAAGAGCAAGACCAAAAGGAAUGCAAUCAGAAAGAAACCAGGGCAGCCCAAUGAAUUGUACAUGAAGUGUGAAUCAGACACGUCGACUUGUGAUGAAUCUGAUUCGGAUCAGAAAUUCAAGGAAUAUUUCAAUGUGAAACUCAUUGAUGUCGAAGCCAAUCAACCCAGUUACGGAGGUGGAAAUGAAGUGAAUGGCAAGCCACAAGCCUUGAGUUCGGGAGAGGAAUCUUCCAAAGUGGAAGGGCAAAACGGACAGCAUGAGAGGACUGCGAUUGAUGAGCCAGCAUCUUCAUGCCAAACUCAGUCACCAUGCAGGAAUUCCAUUGUUGAAGACAAUACCCCUUCGUUGGCAGCAGAGCUUCCUACGUUGAAUACUCUAGUACAGACUGUUGGGAAAGAUGCACUGUACUCCUUAACUACCAAUUGCCCUGUAACUGUGCAGAUUUCUACGGUACAGAGUUCAGAAAUCACCAGCAUUACAGAAGAAUUUGGACAAGUGCCCUUGGACACUGCACAACAAGUAAAUCCUGCUGAAUAUGAGGAAAUGACUUGUACUUUCUCAGAACAGUUGACCUAUGUAAAUCCAGUGGCUGAAUGCUACACCAUCGAGGAACAGAAUGAAGCUACAGAAUGGAAUGACCAUCCAGAUGUGAUAGCAGAGAGAAUGGUCAUUGAUGGCUCUGCCUUGCCUCCAGUCGAAGCAGGUGAAAAUACGCAGGACAUGCCACAUAAACCAAAGAGGAAAAAACGGGGUCAUGUUAUUGAUGCUGACGGGAUGUUUCAGCUGUUUCAUUGUCCGCAUGAAGGAUGCAACCAGGUGUACAUCACGUUAAAUAGCUUCCAGAAUCACGUCAACCUGGUGCACAGAAAGGGGAAAACGAAAGUCUGCUCACACCCAGGUUGUGGGAAGAGGUUUUAUUUAUCAAAUCACCUGCGGAGACACAUGAUCAUUCACUCAGGAGUGCGAGAUUUUAUUUGUGAAACUUGUGGGAAAUCAUUCAAAAGGAAGAAUCAUCUUGAAGUUCAUCGAAGGACACACACUGGGGAAACACCGCUCCAGUGUGAAAUCUGUGGAUAUCAGUGUCGACAGAGAGCUUCACUAAACUGGCACAUGAAGAAACACGACACGGAGAUACAGUACAACUUCACCUGUGAAUACUGUGGCAAGAAGUUUGAGAAAAUGGACAGUGUCAAAUUUCACAAGUUAAAAAGUCACCCUGAGUGUCAGACCAUGUGACUUGACAUUGCUGGCCUUGUACUGUUGUAGCAAGAGGCAUAUGCACGAAUCCUCCUCGACAAGGCGUAACAUUUGUGCAAGCACUGUUUAUUCAAACAUAAAAUUCUAUAUUUUCAGCUUCUCUAUAUUAAAUAUUUUCAAAUUGUU